AUGGAGGAUGCAAGUAGAGUGCCAAGGGUUCUGUCGUUCCAGUUAUUACAAGAAAUUACAAAAAAUUUCUCUCCGGACAUGAAAGUUGGUACAGGUUCAUACGGAAGUGUUUAUAAGGGAGUCCAUACAAAUGGUGAAAGGGUUGCUGUAAAACUGCUUCAUAACAGUCAUGGACCGGAAGAUGAGACAUUUAAGAAGGAGUAUCUCAAUCUCGCAAAUCUGCAACACAAAAAUAUUGUGCGGUUAGUUGGCUAUAGUCAUGAAACUCGGCGAGAAUUCGUAUCUCAUAAUGGAAACACUGUUUUGUUUGAGACACCACAGAGAGCUCUUUGCUUCGAGUAUAUGCAAAAUGGAAGCCUUGACAAUUUUCUUACUGAUAACUUUAAGGAGUGUGAUUGGCGUAUACACUAUGCAAUAAUUAGAGGAAUUUGUCAGGGGUUGAAAUACCUUCAUGAGCAAUUGGAAACUCCUAUGUAUCAUUUGGAUUUAAAACUAGCAAAUGUUUUGCUAGAUGAAAAUAUGGAGCCCAAAAUCGCAGAUUUUGGCUUGUCAAGGCUCUUCCCAGGAGAAUCACAAUUCACAAACUGUGCUAUAGGAACACCUGGGUAUGCACCACCUGAAUAUAUAGACGACCGUAUAAUCUCCACCAAGUUUGACAUAUUCAGUUUGGGUGUGGUGAUUAUUAAGAUAAUGGCAGGACCAGAAAGCUACUUUCAAAGUGGUGUAACGUGUCCUAAAAAAUUCAUCGAAAAUGUACAUGCUGACUGGAACAACAAUCUACAAACAACACCGGUUUACGCGUUAGAGCCAUAUUCCAAACAAGUAAAGAGAUGCAUCGAAGUAGCUUUAAGUUGUGUGGAUCCAGAUCGACAUAAAAGACCGAGUAUAGGUGAAAUCAUUAAUGUUCUGAAUGAGACGGAAACUGCAAUACAAGUCCCUGGCGCUUCAAUGAACCAUACUGGGUCAACAUUGAACAAGGGCAAGGGAGCGCUGGAGUAUGUAUAUCGCGGGCAAGGGAGCACAUCAGUUGAGGCAAGUUCCUUUGAUAAUAAUACAUAUUAA